UUGCACUGAGUUGUUCUGCAUUAGUCUCCUCCGGGAAUGUGAAGAUACUCGAGAGUGGGUCGAUGAUAAACGCGGAGUUGCAAUUGGUAUUAUUGCAGUGUCAUUAAAACUUUUCCAAGAUGCUCAUGAGAAUUUUGCGCUCCAUGUGUGUUCCAGGAUUAAAUCGCUCGACAGGAGCUCUUAAUACUGGAAUUCUUUUUAGAUGUAGUAGUAGCCUCCGAGGGAAAGUUAUCGCGAUUCGUCGUGAAGAUCAGUCAGUAUGGGAGCGUCGAGCCCCUCUGGCCCCUUCGAAUGUCAGACGACUGAUUCGAGCAGGUGUAAAAGUAAUUGUUCAGCCAAGCAAUCGUCGGGCUUAUCCAGCCCAGGCAUAUUUGAAGGCCGGGGCUUUCCUCCAGGAGGACAUCAGCGAGGCCUCAGUCAUCUUCGGGGUCAAACAGAUCCCCAUCGAUCAAUUGAUCCCGAACAAAACCUAUUGUUGCUUCUCCCACACCAUAAAGGCACAGGAGAGCAAUAUGCCUCUGCUGGAUGCCAUGCUGGAGAAGAACAUUCGACUGCUUGAUUACGAGAAGCUCACUGAUAACGCUGGCCAGAGGGUCGUUGCUUUCGGAAAGUACGCGGGGGUCGCUGGAAUGGUUAACAUCCUUCAUGGGAUGGGAUUGCGGCUUCUAGCCCUGGGGCAUCACACUCCCUUUAUGCAUAUUGGACCAGCGCAUAACUAUCGGGAUUCUGCAAUGGCUCGUCAAGCGAUUCGCGAUGCCGGAUACGAGAUCGCCCUGGGCGCAAUGCCGAAGUCAAUCGGGCCAUUGACAUUCGUCUUCACAGGAAGUGGAAACGUUAGUCAAGGUGGUCAGGAAGUAUUUCAGGAGCUGCCUCAUGAAUACGUCACCCCCGAGAGCCUUCGAAAAGUCGCGGAGCACGGGGACACGAAUAAGAUUUAUAGUUGUGAGGUGAGACGACGGCAUCACCUGGAGCGAAAAGAAGGUGGGGGUUUUGACUCUGAGGAAUACGAUAAACACCCAGAGAGAUAUAUUUCGACCUUCAGCAAAAAAAUCGCGCCUUAUGCCUCUGUUAUCAUCAACGGUAUCUACUGGGCAGUGGAUUCCCCUAAGCUCCUGACUAUUCCCGACGCUAAAUAUCUGCUCAGACCAGCUCAUACCCCAUGGCUACCCAUCAGCGUUGGAGCCCCUGCUUUGCCCCACAGAAUGCUAGCGAUUUGCGAUAUCUCAGCAGAUCCGGGUGGCAGUAUCGAGUUUAUGAACGAGUGCACUACAAUCGACACACCGUUCUGUCUCUACGACGCAGACAGAAACAAAGAUACAAAAUCGUUCAAAGGUCCCGGCGUACUUGUUUGUUCAAUAGAUAAUAUGCCCACUCAGCUCCCGAAAGAAGCCACAGACUUCUUCGGCGACUUGUUGUACCCCUAUACUCUCGACAUUAUCCGAUCGGAGGCUAAGAAACCCCUGGAGGAGCACAAUUUCACUCCAGCUGUCCAUGGGGCCAUCAUUGCCUCCAAUGGGCGUCUAACACCGAAUUUUGAGUACAUUCAAGAGCUCAGGCAGAUGAACAAUAAAUCUAGACAUAAAGCUGAUGACGGACAGCCCGAGGCCCAGACGGUGAGUUCGGUCGUCGUCUUUGGGGCGGGCUACGUAUCGGCCCCCCUAGUGGAGUACCUCCACCGAGACGGGAAUAUAAAAAUAGUUGUGUGCUCUCACCUAAAGGACGAGGCAGACAGUCUUGCUAACAAGUAUCCUGGAGUUGAAUCCGUCUUCCUGAAUGUCACUGAACGCCCGGACACCCUGCGAGAAAUCGUCAGUUCUGCCGAUGUCGCUGUGUCUCUCCUGCCAUAUGGUCUGCAUCAUGUUAUCGCCAAGACAUGCAUUGAGUGUCGGACGCAUUUAGUCACUGCCAGUUAUCUGAACGAUGAGAUCAGGGCUCUGCAUGAAGAAGCUGAAGGCGCUGGAGUAACAAUACUCAAUGAAGUGGGUCUGGAUCCUGGGAUCGACCACCUGCUGGCCCUCGAGUGCUUUGACGACGUGAAACAAGCUGGUGGAAAAAUAGAAUCCUUUAUCUCGUGGUGUGGAGGCCUUCCAGCCCCAGAGUGUUCUGAUAAUCCUCUGAGGUAUAAAUUUAGCUGGUCACCUCGAGGAGUUCUACUAAAUACUCUGUCACCGGCGAAAUAUUAUCACAAUGGCCAGGUCGUAGAGAUUGCGGGAGGGGGUGACCUGAUGUCAACUGUUCAAGAUCUGGACUUCCUCCCAGGAUUUGCCCUCGAGGGUUUCCCAAAUCGCGACAGUACUAUGUACAGAGACCUUUAUGGCAUCCCAAAUGCCUCCACCAUUCUCAGGGGAACACUGAGAUUCAAAGGAUUCACUGAUACAGUGCAAGCCCUUCAAUAUCUAGGACUCGUUGAUCCCAAUCCCCACCCGAGUUUACAUCCUAAUGGGCCUGACAUCACUUGGAGAACUUUGAUCUGCAAUCUCCUGGGACUUUUGAACGACGACAUAUUCUACGAGAACUUGAAGAGAAAACUUGAGGAGCGGUUGAAUUCCGAGGUACGGGUCAAAGCUAUAGAGGACCUGGGGCUGCUGAAGGAGGAUCCGGUUCUGAAACUUAAUACUCCCCUGGACACUCUCACUCACUAUCUUUCUAAAAAGCUCAAUUAUGAAAGAAAUGAACGGGACCUGAUUGUACUCCGUCAUGACGUUGGAAUUCUCUGGCCUGAUAACAAAAAGGAGGAGAGGGGAAUCAAUCUCGUGAUUUAUGGAGACUCCAGGGGAGGACACUCUGCCAUGGCCAGGACUGUGGGGUAUCCGGCUGCACUUGCUGCAAAAAUGAUUCUCGAUGGUGAAAUUCAACAACGGGGCGUUAUCCUUCCGUUCACACCGGACAUCUACCGUCCAAUACUGAACCGAUUGAAAUCCGAGGGAAUUGAAUCUUUCGAGACAUCCAAGUGGGAAUGAUAGGAAAAUAUCGAGUAUUUGAUUUUAUCAAUCACGGAUUGUAAAUAAAUUCUCAUUUCCAGAUAGUGGACAUCUUAAUUAAAAUUUCAGUCAAAUUAUCUCAUAAAAUGUAUCAAUAUUCUAUUGAACGUUAAUAAUAUGAAGAUGACAUUUA